AUGGAACCACCCGGUUCAGGAGCGGAACCGGUCGAGGACGACCACAUCCAAGAACCGGCCCGUGGGCGCUCCAAGUCCAACGCCUCCUCCAAUGGGCCCCCGAGCGCUGCUGUGCCGCCACCUCCCCGCGCGACGCCCCUCCACCUCGACCGACCCCGCCGCGAGCACGCCGGAGGCGGCGCCGAUGGGUCGAGCUCCGUCGCGGCGGGGGGCGACCGGAAGGGCAAGGGGACGCUGCCGCCCAAGGUCAUUCCUUCUCCUCCGAGCUCCGCGGGCAGCAGCAGCUCCUCCACCCGCUCCCUCGACUACGCCGCCGCAUUGAGAGGCGGGGCCCUCGGAGGCGGGGAGUCGAGCUCCGCGGCAGGCGGCAGCAAGGCGCGGGUGACCAGGAGCGACCCCGGCGCGGCGGAGACGAGGGGGGUGCCGACGCGGCGGCGCAUCCGUUCGACCCCAAGCUGGUGUCCAGGCAGCGGCUGGCAGCCGUCGACAAGGAGAACAGGCGAUGGGAACAGCAGUUCAACUCGUUGCGCGCGGAAGAGGCGAUGCAGAGGAAGGAGCAGGCAGUGGUUCGAUUCAGAGAAAAAAAGAGGCUACUCCAAUGGAUCGAGCUCCUCCGCGACAGGGGUCAACCGGAAGGGAAAGGGGAUGCUGCCCCUCAAGGCCAUUCCUUCUCCUCCGAGCUCCGCAGGCAGCAGUAGCUCCUCCACCCACUCCCUCGACUACACCGCCGCAUUGAGAGCUGGGGCCUUCGGAGGCUGGGAGUUGAGCUCCGCGGCGGGCGGCAGCAAGGCCCGGGUGAUGUGGGGCGACCCCUUGGCGGCGGAGAUGAGGGAGGUGACCAACGCGGCGGCGCAUCCGUUCGACCCCAAGAUGGUGUCCAGGCAGCGGUGGCUGGUGAAAGAGCAGGCGGCCGUCGACAAGGAGAAGAGCCGACGAGAACAGCAGUGGUUCGAUUCACCGAAAAAUGGAGCUCGUUCCAAUGAGGUUCCAGUAAAGUGGUCUUAUAAUAAUGAUGAUGAAAUUCCGUACCCUUUAUACGCUGAAUUUUGUGGAGAUUAUUCCUCCUCGUCCCCAAGAAGAGAGUGGAGCGAUGUAAGAAUUGUCAGGAGACUCCGAGGAUUGCGUUGGCAAGAGAGGGUCGCUGCUCGUACUCACUUCAGAGAGCUACGUGAUAGUUGGGUAGCUGCUAGACGCAAGCCUAGUUCUUUAUUCAUGUCAGCAAUGGACCAAGUUAGGGACGGGAAGGCUAAGGAGUACAGCGGCGGUUGCGCAAUUCCCGGAUAUCUUACAUGUCCGUUGUCUGGGGAGCUCAUGAUAGAUCCCGUGACAAUUGCUACAGGGAAGACAUUCGAGCGACACUUCCUGAAGGGCUGGUUCGAGAAGAAGGGACACAUUUGUCCUCUGACCAACGAGACCGUGUCAAGCACCAUCAUCCGGAAUGACCGCAUCCGAGGAUACUUAGAGGAGUGGAAUGAAGUGAUGGAAGAAGAGUAGUGCUGAUAUGUGUGUUUGUCGAAUUACAUUUACAGUGCUGCUACUUUUCUCCUAGUUGGAAAAGAUUAAAAAAUCAUUAGUACAAUUCUGCUUGUGACUUGCUAAGUAAUUUCAGAAUCAUCAUUGGAGUA